GUUUAUAACAAAUACCGACCGUGUCCGGCACCCAUCGAUGCCCCGCGGAAGCGUCGACGCCUUCCCUCCGCCGUCGCCGCUCGAUUAGGAGGAUACAAGAAGAGUUUUUGAUCUCCGGCGAUCGUGUUUUGGCGUCGAUGGCCUCGACGGAGGGAUUGGUGCCGAUCACCAGGGCCUUUCUCGCCCACUAUUACGACAAGUACCCCCUUCCCCCGCUACCCGACGACGUCCCUCGCCUCACCGCGGAGCUCCGAGGCUUCUCCGACAGCCUCCUGCGGGAAUUCCCCCUCACCUCCGGCGAGGAAUUAGUGGUAAAUGAAGCAGGCCGUGAACCUCCACAAAAAAUUGAUGAGAACUUGUGGAAGAACAGAGAACACAUUGAAGAAAUUCUGUUUUUACUUGAGGAAUCUCAUCAGCCAAGAUUGCUUCAAGAAAAAGCCACACCUGAAUAUAUAGAUAUAGCCGCUGUUUUUGGAGAUAUUGAAGCCAAGCUUAAAACCACUUUGAAGACACUGGAGACAUUUCAAUUAAAAAAUGCUGACAAUGUAUUUAAUACAGUUAUGACCUAUAUGCCCCAAGAUUUUCGAGGCUCUCUCAUUAGGCAACAACGAGAGCGCUCAGAGAGAAAUAGGCAAGCUGAGAUUGAUGCCUUGGUUAAUUCUGGUGGUAGCAUACGUGAUCGGUAUGCUUUACUGUGGAAACAGCAAAUGGAGAGACGGAGACAAUUGGCUCAGCUUGGUUCAGCGGCAGGUGUAUACAAGGCUCUUGUUAAGUACUUGGUUGGGGUGCCACAGGUUUUAUUUGAUUUCUUGCGACAGAUAAAUGAUGAUCAAGGGCCUUUGGAAGAACAACGGCAACGCUAUGGACCAGCUUUGUGUAGCCUUACAAAACUGGCUCUCUCUAUUCGACUGUUUAUGCUUCUUUCCUGGGGGCGUUUUGAGUCAAGAAAACUACAGAUGGAUCAGGUAUCUGUUGUACAGCAAGCCGUGCAUGUCUACAACUCUGAGUUUGAGAAAUUCAUCAAAGUUAUAAGUGAGGUCUUUGCAAAUUCUCCUUUCUUAGUAUCGGCAGAGGAUGUAGGUACUGCUGAAUCAAGGAAAAGUGAUGAAUACAAAGAAACUAUCAUUCCUCCAGGAAAAACACAUGAGGUUGUUCUGACAGUUGAAUCUGUAAAUUCAUAUAUUGCUUGGGAUUUUGCUUUGAUACAAGGGACACUUAACCUGGAUAUUGGUUUUCAUGUGGAGUAUGUUAGCCCUUCGGGAGAGAUAACACUGAUCUUACCCUAUCGGCGAUGUGAGUCUGACCAAGGAAAUUUCUGCACAAUCUUGGCGGGAUCCUACAAACUCAUAUGGGACAAUUCUUAUUCGACAUUUUUCAAAAAGAGCUUGCGGUACAAGGUGGAUGCUGUACCCCCUGUCGUGGAAACACUGGAGCCUGUUGCUGAAUCAGGAUAAAGUGGUCUUUCUGAACUGCUGGAGAGGUACUCUAUUGAACCACUCCUUAAAUGUUCUAAUCCAAUUCUUUCGGCAUUAUUAUCUUGUACCCUGGAUUGAAAUAAUUGUAUCACCAAUCUUAGGGUUAAGACUUCAUGGGUGCCAUGUUAACAAAAACUGUAUUCUGUAUGCAUUAGUAUUUUUAUACCCACUUACCAAUGAACUUUGUAUACAUAAAUUUAAGGCUAGAUAUUGAUAUUA